AUGUAACUAAAAUAGAAAAAAACAUGAAAGAUGUUUGCACACGAGGUAAAACAUCACAUGGGUUAAAAUAUGAUGAAAAUGUUCACUAAAAUCUCUCCAGCCUUCUCCAUGUGACCGUGUGCACACUCCUUUUAUUUCUGUCAUUCAAGUAUCAUUAUAGCCCGUGGGCCCAUGUGUCAGGCGGUUUGGAGACCAGUCUUGACUUUUAAGCAGGAAACACAGCUUUUGUUGCUACCCAUGAUUUGACAGCCCCAUACCUCACAAGAGGCAAGUGUCAUCAAAUGACCCUUUUUGACGUCCAGGGGCGACAGAGGCCAGAGUACUCCUGGGGGCUUGGCAACAUUUCCCCACUGGCACGUUUGGGAACUGGCCUCUUCUAAGCUGUGGGAUGUGACCUUGCUCUGCUGCGGCUGAUGACAGUGUGACUUCCUUUGGACAACUGAUGAUAUUUAUCAUUGUGCCACUUUUCUACAAAUAAAAGAUGGGUGGAUUAUUUUCUCGAUGGAGAACAAAGCCUUCAACUGUAGAAGUUCUAGAAAGUAUAGACAAGGAAAUUCAAGCAUUGGAAGAAUUUAGGGAAAAAAAUCAGCGAUUACAAAAAUUAUGGGUUGGAAGAUUAAUUCUUUAUUCCUCAGUUCUCUACCUGUUUACAUGUCUAAUUGUGUACUUGUGGUAUCUUCCUGAUGAAUUUACUGCAAGACUUGCCAUGACACUCCCAUUUUUUGCUUUUCCAUUGAUCAUCUGGAGCAUAAGAACAGUGCUUAUUUUCUUCUUUUCCAAGAGAACGGAAAGAAAUAAUGAAGCAUUGGAUGACUUAAAAUCCCAGAAGAAAAAAAUACUUGAAGAAGUCAUGGAAAAAGAAACUUAUAAGACAGCUAAAUUAAUUCUUGAAAGAUUUGAUCCAGAUUCAAAGAAAGCAAAGGAGUUGGAGCCGCCAUCUGCUGGAGCAGCUGUGACUCCAAGACCUGGACAAGAGAUUCGUCAGAGAACAGCUGCUCAAAGAAACCUUUCUCCACCACCGGCAAGCUCUAAUCAGGGGCCUCCUCAACAAGUUCCAGUAUCUCCUGGACCACCAAAGGACUCUUCAGCCCCUGGUGGACCACCAGAAAGAACUGUUGUUACUCCAGGCCUUCCAUCAAACAUGUUACUAAGACGUCUUGGAUCCCCUGCUACUUCAGUGCCUGGAAUGGGUCUUCAUCCUCCAGGUCCACCCCUAGCAAGACCCAUUCUUCCCCGAGAACGAGGUGCACUGGAUAGAAUUGUUGAAUAUUUAGUUGGUGAUGGUCCACAGAACAGGUAUGCCCUUAUAUGUCAACAGUGUUUUUCUCAUAAUGGCAUGGCUUUGAAAGAAGAAUUUGAAUACAUUGCUUUUCGAUGUGCCUAUUGUUUUUUCUUGAAUCCUGCAAGAAAAACCAGACCUCAGGCUCCAAGACUUCCAGAAUUUAGUUUUGAGAAAAGGCAGGCAGUGGAAGGCUCAAGUUCAGUUGGUCCUUUGCCAUCAGAAAGUAUACUUUCAUCAGAGAACCAGUUCAGUGAAGAAUCUUUAGAAGAAGAAGAUGUUCUUGAUAAUAGUACAGAGAAGACAGAUGACAAAAUAUCAGCUACAGAGCAAACACACCAAGUGAUUGAAAAAGCAUCUGGCUCAGAGGAACUAGAGGAAAAACACGAAGAGACUGCGAAUGAGGAAAGCUCAAGAAAUGAAGCCAAAUCUACAGUUCCUGGAGCGGAUUCUACUCCUGACCUUGAACUCAGUGGAGAACCUUUGAUGAUGAAGUAGUAAAUCCUUCGACGUGCCUUCAACUGGAUAUUUGUUGUCUUGUUGAUAUCAGUUUUUACUUUUUUGAUGGUACUUUAAAAAACUUUUUUUUUUUUGCUCCUCUAAGUAUAUGCUUUUAAAUUCAGAUCAUCUAGCAAUUUCAGUAUGUCAAAGUUACAUGUACUGAAUGCUAAAAUUAUAAGCAAGUGAUAUCAGUGAAGUAAAAUCCUUUCGAAUAUACAAAGACCAACACUAUUUAGACAGCUUUCAGAUGUUUUAUGUCCAUUCUAAAAGUCAAAACAAAAAAAGCGUUCUUGUUUUCUGUACAUAAUAUCUGUAAGUAUUAUCUAUUUUGACAUAGGAAGGACUUUUGUUAGGAAUAAUUUCUCUAAUAGUGUUUAGGGAUUAAACGCAAUACUUUGUUAUUAAAAACAAAGUGUUAAGUCUUGAGAUAUUUGCCAGUGGGGAGUAAAUGUCUACUUAGGUGUUUACAAUAAUUGAAUGAAAGUUGUAACUGUAACUACAAGACAUUGGUACGAACUCUCAAUAAGAAUGCAGUUCAACAGUCAAGUGCAGUGUUUCUUUUGAUGUUUUUUAUUUUGCAGCUGGGCCAAAGGCACAUGAUGUAUAUAAUUAGUUUAUGUUUACAUAUUAACAUAUAGGAAAUAUAUGUGCACUUGACUGUACUUGAAUUCUUAGUAUUAUUUAUACUUGUUACAUAAUGAUGAUACAUGAGUGAAUUUUGUGCUCUUGUGUGUAUUUUAUUAAGGAAAUAAAGAUAAUCUGGUAGCAAUUUUUUUUUUUAUAUAUCUAAACUUCAAGUAGUGUCUUGGUGGAUGACUUCGCUAACUGAAAAAUGUGGGUAGGAAGAACUUCACAGUAUGUUGAUUCUAUUUAGAGCAAAUUAUAAUGCUUUUUAUUCAGAUAGCAGUACUAAUGAGAGGUUAGAUCUUUUAAAUUCUGAAACACCUCACGCCAUUUGUAGUUUUUACCUUUGAGGAGACAAAUAUACUUUGUGAGACUAGGCAGUUAAUUGCCAGUAGUUCAUUGGAUUAAAUAAAUAUGUAAGAUCAAGUGGGAAAAAAUUUUGACCCAGAAAGGUAAUUCUUAGAGUUUAAGUACAGUGUGGUUAUAUGUUUAUUUCUCUUCUCUAAUAUUAAAAGAAAAAGAAAUCAAGUUAUUAUGCCAAAGGGAAGAAUAUAUAAGGAGAGUGUCUGGCUAGUGUUUUGGUAUACACAGUUUAUUAAAAAUUGAGUAAAACAUUUAAAAAUUCCUUUCUCUGACUUAAUAUCUCAUAUCUGAGGUAUUUCUAAAGAACCCAAUCUGUUAGUAGUCUGGAGGUACCUUCGUAUAGUGGCCACAGUUUUUAAGUAUAUGGAGCUGAACUUCAGUUCCAGUUCUGUAAUCUUAGACGAGCCACCGAGCCUUGCUGUAACUGUUUUCCCGUUUGUAAAAUGGAAAGAAUAAUGCCUGUUUUUAGAGGUACUACGGUGAUCAAAAAUAAUUUAUGUGUUUGAAACUGGGCCCUUACUGACUGAUAAUUAAUGAAUGUUAAGUAAGUAGAAUUUGUUAUUAUUGACAUUCUUGUGAAAUAUAGAAGGGGCUAUAAAUCUUUCUUCUGUCAGAUAAGGAAGUUAAAAAAUAAUGUAAACAUGCAAUCCAGCUGCUCAGAAUGGAGCCAGUGUCCUCCAUCAGCCUUGCCCCAAAUAUGUAUAUAAAUGCAGAGAUUAAAAAAAUAGGAAACUGAAACUGGAAUAUAAUUUUUAAGAGGAAUGUCACCACUGUGUGUGUAUGUGUGUGUGUGUGUUUGGCCCAUAUACAUUUUAGCAGCACCUUGCAGUCUUGAUAUAAAAUAUUCAAAUUCUGAUAUAUAUUGCUUGAAAAUGAAUACCUCAGAGAAAUAUAAUUGAGUGGUAGCACCAAUCAGAUGUUAUGAGAACUAUCUUUAAAGAAAUGUGCAAAAAGUUAAAAACAGGCUUAGUACAAUUAAUGCAACAGAUAAUGUGCUUGUGAUUGUGUAGUGUCUUUUAUAAUAGAAAAGUUUAUUCUGCUAUUAUUGUAAUAAAUAAUUAAUGGUUGAAAGAGUAGUAAAAUGUCCAGUUUUUGAUUAGGAGUAGUAUAAAUGAAGAAAACUGAACUAUUAAGUACUACUAGCCAGAGUGAUCAUAAUUUUCCUACUUACGACUACUCAACAGAUCAUUGUCUAAACUCUCUUCUCUGUGCCCUGAGUGUGAUCUGCAAACAUGGUCUUUCUUUUCUCUCCCCUUUCUACCCCUGUCUUUGUAUUAUAAAUACAUGGGCCUCCUCCUUUUGAUUCUCUGGCCAUGUUAGCUCUUUCUUGCCUAUCUGUUUCAGCUUAAAUUUUCCCUCCUUAGAAAGAUACCUUCUCCAUAUGUGAUGCUGGCCUCUGCUUAUGGAUUGUGUCAUGUUUCUCUAUUUCUGCUCACUGUCUUUAACGCAGUUUUUAAGUGUUUUGUCUGCUCAUUUUUUGUACUCAAAGCAUGAAGCUUGUAAUAUUGUAAGCAAGACUGUAUGGUGAUGCAAGCAAAGAUGUUACUUCUACAUCUGUAUUUUGAGAGCCUUGUACAGUACUUCACUUACUGUGUGAACGAAUAACUUCGUUGCUAAAUCCAAUGAAAAAUUUCAAUGCUUAUUUCAUUGCUUGGCGGUUUGAAUUUGUUGAGUGCGUCCCCUGAAAUCAGGCUUUUUUCUUUUGGCUUUUGACAUAUCAUGCUUCUGUUUUUUGUUUUCAGUGUCCUUUGCAGAAUUCUCCCCUGCACAUCCUUUAAGUGUUGGUGCUCCCUAGGUUCUGCCUAUUGUUGCUUCUUCAUACUGUAUACGGUUUCUCUAGGAAUUCUCAUCAGUGCCCUUGGAUUUAAUUGCCAUUAUUCUCUCUGAAUGUCAAAUCUCUAGCUUUGGUCUGUUUCCUCCACAGCUCUUACAACUGAUAACAUUAAAAAAAAUGUGCACAUACUCUUCAAACUUCGUGUUUUUCAUCUACCAAAUGGCGCAACUAUUAAAACCAGAAACUAGAGUCUGUUCAUGUAUCCCUUUUCUCUAUAUCCAAGCUGUCCACUCCUAAGCCUUAAACAUAGAAUCUCAUUUCUCUGUCCCACUCAUGUGACUUAGAAGAAAAUACUACUCAUGAUAAUAAACAUUACUCCACUGAGCAA